AUGGUGCGAAGGUGCCCGUGGAUUCUGCAGUUUGUUUGCGCACUAGUUUUAUUGACUAAUGAGUGUGCGCAUGUCUUCGCAGAAGAUGAUUCUUCAAGCGGCAGUGAUACUUGCCCUGCUAACAGGGACAUUUUUACGAGGACAACGUUUAUUAAGAGAGUAAUGGGUUACGCCUCCGACUCAUACCUGACGAGUCCAAUCCGGCGUCCCGGUGAUCAAAACGAUGAACCGGCAGAAGAUGACGGGACCACUUCCGAUGCGGGCGAGCAUUCUGUGGAUAGUGACGAUGAACAUGAUCACUUGGAUAUAGACUCUCCGGAUGAAGAUGAUGCAAUGACUCGGCUCAAGAAUGUGUUUAGUAAACACAGGCAGAAACCGUACACCCGAGAGGAGUUCACUGAGAAGCUGCGUGAGAUCCUCAUUACCCCAGAUCCACUCUAUGGUACUGAGUACAAUAAAGAUUGGGGCCGUGCUUGCAUGACAACGGAUUAUGAGAUCCCGAACACGGAGGAUUUGAUUCACUUCAAUGUAUUUGACCCUUUCAUGCCUCCAGGUCUUUUGUUCGAGGAUCUCCGUUGCCUUCAUUUAUACAAUGUACAGCCGGAGUAUCAUUUGUACAAGGUACGCAUGGGUGAUAUGGUCCUCACUCUGCGGCCUGACCUGGAAGACGCUUCUUUGCAUCUGUUUGAAGACUCCUGGGGGCUGAUGGUGGUGCGCGUUUUGUUUACGGUUGACGGUGUUUUGCACCGUUAUGAGUACACGGAGAACUCCCGAGGAUCUCGAGUUUUCCACAAAACCAUGGGACCCGCAAUGCACUAUGCCGCGCCCAACACGGACACCACUGACCUCAACAAGUGGCUGGACGAGAAAUACUACGCAUUAUCUCGGCGACGCCCACCAAUUAUAGAAGAGGUUUUGACUGCUGCUAAAGCUUAA